AUGUUUGCCACGCAACAGUAUACCGAGGUGAUUGACGCCGGCCGAAAGAGGCAGCGAGACGAGGCAGAGCUGAACAACGGACCUGCUGGCUUCUCUGAACAUCGCGCUAAACGUGUUCAAUGCCUCCCUGUACGGACCUCGUCAAUGAUGCCGAUGCAGCAGACCAUGCCUUCCGGCAUGGGUGAGCCAGACUUCUCUUCAAAUUCCAACUACACGACGUGGCAAAAUUCGAACCAGAUCGAUCAGCAAAUGACCGCCAUGGACUGCGUCGAGAUCCAGCCUGCGCUACCGAGCCACCUGCAACCAGACGCUGCAACUGGCCGCAUCCCGACGCCUAUGCAACCCAGCUUCGCUGACCAGUUUCGCGGCCAGCAGUGGGCCAACUCAAACGCUGCCACCGGACGCCGUGGCAUCGUGAAUAUGGGCCAUCACCAAGCUGGCAUUGCCGACCAACCGUGCAUCCAAUGCGACGCGUCUCCGAAUCAAGAUUGGCAAAACAUGCAAAGCAAUAGAAGACUGCCAUCCCCAAUCUCGGAAUCAGAAGAUUGCAUGUCACAUUCCCCCGGAAACUCUGCUGCCCUUCAGGCCAUGGAGCAUCCAAACGCCAUGAUGGAUAUCGAGAUCCAGCGACCGGCCGCGUCCUCGGAUGAUGGGGAAGGCGACCCAGACUCGCCCAGCUCCCAUCGAAAGGGUCAUACCCGAAGUCGACACACAGUUAAUACCUGGACGUGGCAACCCGGCAUGAAACGCAGCUUCAGUAUAGGAUACAGGUCCGACUGCGACAAGUGCCGGGACAAGGUGCCUGGCCACUUUAAUCACAUUAUAAUCUCAUAG